AUGGCUGGCCCAAACUGUCUUGACGAGGAAAAAGAUGGAGGCAGUGCAAAUGGACCGGGCGGUGGACUGGAUGAUGAGGUGCCCGCCUCACUCGAUCUUAGCGUCGAUCAGCAACAACCAACUUCCACUCCCCCAGGUGUCGAGGAUGGGAACCGGAAAAUGGCUUCCCAGGAAUCUUUCUUGACUGCCACAGGGCCUAGGUGCAGCGACGAUUUACACGCAGGCCCCACCAUCGAGUACAAGUCUGGGCUUGAUACUUUCGUAUUUCCGACACCUUCACCACGACUACCUAAUCCUUCACCCAGACUGAGUCCUUCUCCUCGUCCGCCUACUUCUUCAUCUCGGCUCUCACCCGAGUUAAGAUUUCAUAGCACAACACCUCAACAGACAACAUCAGAUCCUCGGUGCACCUCUCCGCCGAUUGGCAUGGCUAUUGGGUCGCCAUCACACGCACCACCCAGCUGGGCAAGACCGCAGACUAACGAUUGCAUCGACACGAGAAUGCAUCAAAGACCCCCGGCGCGUGCCCCACCAGCGGUGCCAGCAGUGCCAGCGGUACCAGAAAGGCACGGAAAAGGCAACACGAUCAAGAAACAGCAACGUGCGAAGAAGACGUCAAGUUGGAAGGCGUUUAGCAACUUGUUCAGAAAAUCGACCAAGCCAGCUCCCGCGACACCAGAACCGAUCUACAAAGAGAAACCAGAAGAGGUAGCUGUUCGCCCAAGAUCUCCACCCCUUAUUGCACCUGAUCGGCCCACUUCCACACUGCCGUUAUCAGCAAGAUUACCGCUUCCGACGCCAGUCUCAUCGCAGCAGUCCCUCGUAAGGACGCUGUCUGAAAUCCAACCGCAGCCACGUUGCGAGUCUCGUCAACCGGUCAGGAUGUCAUUCAACCGAUUAUUGCGAUCGCCAUGCGAGAAUCCCACACACUCAUCGAGUCCGUGGCGCGGAAGCUUCUUCCGUAGCGACCAAAACCAGCAAAUCGCGUCACCACCUCAUCCACCGACUGCCACUUUCGCGCGGACACCCCGAGUGGAUAUAGAUCUACCUAGUCCUGAACUGGRGCGGUUCAGCGUCAUGUUUUCUGAUCUGCUGUUGCCAGGUCCAUCGACCGACUCUAAACCUACCCUUCUCGAGCGAAGGCUGAGUCGCAUGUCUGCCAGCGCGAGAGCUGCGCACGUUCUCAACACCAAGGUCGAUGUCCAACCAGAAAUACCAUCGCGAUAUCAAAACAGCCAAACGUCAACGCAACCCAAACGGCCGCUCUCUAUCAAGGUGGAUCCAAGAAGGCAUACUGCUACUCCCACGACAGCAAUACUUCGACCACCACCUGUCGUCCGGUCCCACACUGCAUCCAUAUAUGACGCAUCUGAGCAAACUAACAGCUCGCCCGAAUCGCAUAGUGGGUCCACUUCGCACAGCGAAACAUCUCUUCCCGAUACCCCGACUACGCUCUCCAACUGCUACCGGCCAGUAUCCAUGAAUGCCAAGCAGCAGGAGACUUCAACAUGGGACAUGUCUCAUUCACAGCCCGAGAUCAUGUGCUCGCCGGAUUUCAUGAACUCGCGCGUGGAUCACUCCAUCGAUCUUGAGCGGCAGAUGGUACAAGUGAGUGUUGCCAGACAGGUUAGCAUCAAUCAGGCGAGAUCCCAGGUCCGACGAACAGUGUCGACGAGGCGACCGAAAUUGGUGAAUCUCGCCAUGGCGAAAAAUCGCAAGAGUGAAGCUGGAGUCUUUGACUCGGUUGAGAAUCUGCAUGACGAAAUGCCAGAUGCAAGGUUGAUCAAGGAAUACUCAUGA